GAGAGCUUUAAAAGAUAUAUGGGUGACCUUGCAAGGGAUCCGGUAUAUAUACGAUGCGAUCAUCGACGGAAGGCUGGCUGCGGCGUCCUUUCUGGCCUCCUUAAACUAUGUAUCCAUUCGUUUGGAGGCUGUGUAGCAAGGUUCCAGCGACCACAGCAUGGUCGAUGAAGUGACCAGAGCUUGAAAUCCUAGCAGACAAGGAUGCCAAGAACAAGCUGGUCCAUACAUUACGACAGAGGGCUGCGAGAUGACUGCGGCGAGGUCGAAAUGCCGUCGAUGGCAGAAAGAAGGCGAGGCUAUUUGGCCCCAAUGAUUUGCGUCUGCCCAAUCAAGAGUGUUGAGUUAUGCAGCGCCUGGCAACUACAAUGUGCCGACACAUCCUCACUGAUAUCUGCAACGAAUCGUCGAAAGAGUACGGAUUGUUAGUGUUAACGAUUCGUCAGCAUACUACUGGUUG